AUGGCUGAAUCUGUACGUCAGUCGAUAGACAUAUCAUCAUUGGAGAAAUAUCUCAAUCAAUUUGUACGGGAAAUCAAGGCCCCAUUGGAUGUGAAACAGUUCACGUUUGGACAAUCAAACCCGACCUACCUCCUCACAGCGGCCGAUGAGAAACGAUAUGUGCUGAGGAAGAAGCCUCCAGGCCAGCUUCCCCCGAAGACGCACUUAAUCGAGCGAGAGUAUGCAAUGAUCCAGUAUUUGCAGGGAACAGAUGUGCCGGUACCAAAGGCAUAUUGGCUGUGUCGAGAGGAAUCUAUCAUUGGAACACCGUUCUUCAUUAUGGAAUUCCUAGAAGGAAGAAUAUUUACCGACUCAACAAUGCCAGGUGUCUCGCCUGGGGACAGGACUGCGCUAUGGCAAGAAGCAGUCCGGACAUUGGCCAAGAUUCACAGAAUAGACUUGAACGGUGCACGUCAGCUGGAGGUUGGAAACACUAUCGAAUAUUACAACCGCCAAAUCUCCAUUUUCAUGUCCCUCUCAAAAGCACAAUCAAACGUCGUGGAUCUCAAGACGAAUGAAAAGAUCGGUGAAGUUCCUUAUUUCGACGAGAUGGUCCACUUUUUCUCAAAAGAAGCAUAUCAGCCCCGAGAUCGAUGCGUCAUUGUCCACGGGGAUUAUAAAAUUGACAAUCUCGUAUUCCACAACUCAGACCCUCGCAUAAUUGGAGUUUUAGACUGGGAGAUGGCGACAAUAGGCAAUCCUCUUUCUGACUUUUGCAACCUAACCCACCCGUACUUCUGGGGUGGUUUGAAGCAGAACGUGGAGCUUUUUCGGCCCGGUCGUGUAUUAGGCUUACCAACACGAGAAACAUGUACGCGCUGGUAUGCUGAGGAUACGGGGUGGGACCCGACAGCGGAUCUACCUUGGGGUGAUGCCUUUUUCGCAUUUCGGACGACGUCGAUGUUGCAAAGUAUCAAGGCGAGGUAUGUGCAAGGGCACACGAGUAGUGAUACGGCGGCAUAUUAUGCCAGUCGGGUGGACCAGUCUGCUUUUGAUGCUUGGGAGCUUGUGAAGGAAGUUAGAACGCUACAGAAGAACCCUGUACUGGAGAGCAAGCUUUAG